CUAAUGAGGACGAAAAUUCCAAUAUUGUUGCUGUAAUUGGAUUAAACCAAACGAAAAAUGCUGUAAUUAGGUGAAAAGGAAGCGUUCGACCCACACAACACACACGGAAACAGCCAGCGCGUAGCCAGAAGAGAACUCUCCAGCAGCCAAUUGUCCAGCCGGAUGGCCAAUCGCAAUAUGCGAGCAAUACAACCAAAGUCGAAGCCCUGAUCGAGAGCUGUCGCAGCGAGGGCAAAUGGCAUCGCGUCAUCGAUCUGACGGACGAGCUGAAAACGGGCUCGCCCCAGAAUGAAUGCCUGGCCAACUUUUUGGUGGGCGAGGCUCGCCUGGAGAGUUACCUUGAGGAGAAUGCCUUGGUUGCUGAAUCGAACUUUGGACGCGCCAAGACGGGCUUGUCCGAGGCGCGAUGCUACCUGAAUCUGGCCCUUGGUGAGUGUGGCCAAAAGGCGGGCAUUGCUUUGGAUGCUUACCUUCUGCUGGCCAAGCUCUGUUUCGCCUGUGGCGAGUACGAGCCCAGUCUGGAUAACUUUAUCAAAGCGGAGCUCAACACGCUGGCCGAAAAGGAGCUGACAUUACGCAGCUUGAAGAUCCUGGCCGAGUCGUAUGCCAUCAAGGGCAUCAAGGAGCAUCUCUUGCGAUGUUCCUGCUCCGAUACCUGACGAUCGGGCAGGUGCCACGCUUACUAUUCCAUUUCAUAGUUUUGAUCGAUUUGCAUAGCUCUCUUCAACUUUGCCUGCUUCUCUACAAUAUUAUCUACCACAUUUGAUAACACUUUCUGCCUGUUUUAUGCCUGUCUUGCUUUUGUGUAUAUCUCUCACUCUAUACUGUUCCAUUUCGUUGUUGGUCUUUCUACUCUUCGAAAUUAUAUUUCGAACCUAUUUAUAUAAUGCUCUGGCUGGAGCACGCCUUGAGCGAGGCGGCCAGCUCUCUGAGCUCUUUCACGCAGCGCCCCGGACCGCGAAGACCCUGUAUGCUGCAGAUUGAGAUUUGGCUGCUGCUGGCGGACGUGUAUUUGCGCAUUGAACAGCCCAACGAGGCCCUCAACUGCAACCACGAGGCCUCGCCGAUCUAUCCCCUCUCGCAUCAGAUUAUGUAUAUGCGCGGUCAGGUACAUGUGUAUCUGGAGCAGUGGCGGGAUGCCAAACAAUGCUACCUCAAUGCCGUGGCCGCCAAUCCCAAUCACACGGAGGCACUGCGUGCCUUGGGCGAGACCCAUUUUCCCGGCUGGCCGAGAAGAUGCUCAAGGAUGCGGCCAAACUGGAUCCAAAUUGUCCCAGAAUUUGGUUUGCUCUGGGCAAGGUUAUGGAAUCCCUGGGGGAUUUCUAUGCGGCGGCGGAUUGCUUUGCCACAUCGCUGCAGUUGGAGCCAUCGUGCCCGGUGCUGCCAUUUACCUCGAUUCCCCUGGUCUUUGAGUAGAGAGCGAUCCUCGGAUCCUCUCGUUUCGUUACGUUUCGUUUUGUAGACUCGACUAACAUCAAAAGUGAACAGCAAUAUUACUUACUUAAACGUCUCUAUAAGCCCCAAACCGGUUCGCAGUAAUUAAUUAAUGAACUUUUUUUGUAUUCUGUGUCCCGUCAGUAUUACAACAUUUCGUGUAAUUAUGGAUCGACAGAUCGAUCUGCCUGUGCGUAUUUGUGUGUAAAUUAUUAGCUAGAAAAUGUUCAAGUUGUUGUAUAUUAAUCAUCUAUACUAUGCCUUCGUUGAUAAUAACCAGUUCUAUGCUCUAUAAGUUAUAAGGAGUUUCAUCUGCCCAAGCCCCCCAGAAAAUGUGCUACUUUUGUUAAAAACUUCUCUCUCUUCUUUCUUUCUCUCUAAUUUAUUUUCUUGGCAUGUUCACUAAUGGAUAAUGAUUUGAUUAUAAAUUAUAUAUCUAGAUAUAGCCGAAUUUAAAGUUAAACAAAUAUAUGAAGAACCUUAAAA